CGGGCCAGCGUCUGUCUGGCCGGGCUUCGGGCACCGCUGCGCGGUUCAAGAUCGAACGUCUUCCGCGCCUGGCCUCCACUUACUUGCUUGAUGCGCCACGGGCUCGCCCUGCGCCCGAUUCCUGCUUCUGUGGUGAGUCUCUCGUUUGCUCGUCCGCUCGGGGCCUUGCGGAUCUUCGAUCGUCGACCUUUUCGGAUCAAGAUUCGCUGCUCGGAGAUGGUGGGGUCGAGUUCGGUCCCUCUGAUUUCUCCGUGGGUGCUUUCUUAAUCAGGAGCUGCUGCAUCGAGCUGCCAGCGGAGUUUUUCCUCUGACCGCUAAUUAAUUCACCGCGGGAGGGCUCGACGUCGGAGUGGCUGGCAACUGUGAUGUUCCUCGAGUGCUUCAGUUUGCGUUUGAGCACAGCGCGAGGUUUGGCUCUCGGGUCGGUCUGAUUUUGGAAGUCGGUGGCACGUCGAACGCGAAGACUGAUGGCGUCUUGUAAUUUGCACUCGGCUGUGGCCUGCGCAGCAAUUCUCAGCAGGGCUCAAGGUUCUUGUUCCACCAGUGUGAAUUCUCUAGCCGGCUGGUCUCGGUCGAAUUGGAGAUCCGAUGCUCUUGUGUGGGAUGUCCUGCGACUCUCGUCGAAUCAAGACAACAGAGUUCUCAGAUUCUCAACACGCGCGCAAAACGACCCUCAGUAUUUUGUCUCAGAUGCGAGUAAUCAAGAAGCGGAACCACAAAUUAUAGUUCCUAACGUGAAUACCUCAGAUUACCUUUAUGGGGAGAAGGAAAUGUUGAAGUCGGUUGAUGAAGACGCAGGAGACACUUCGGAGGCAGAAGAGGACGGAGAUGAUCCAUGGUUGCUCGAAUUUCAAAAUGAAAUUCAAAGAAUAAAAGACACGUGGAGUGAUGUCGAGAGAAUAACAGAGUCCUUGGAUCAAGUAUCUGAUUACUCUGGAUUGCCACGCAAUACCUCUAGGAGACGCGUACUGGGUGCGCCCAUGUUCAUGUCGUUGGCACUUCUGUUCGGAUGGGCUGGCCCGCAGAAACAGGCCCAUGCCAUGGUGCCUGCGAAAAUCGAUUUGACUACAACACCCAAAACCGCCCAGUUUGAUGCUGGAGAUGAACGUCUUCAGAAUGCUGCUUCGGUUUUUAGACAAGCUUUAGAGGCCACCACGGUCGAGGAAGAAGAGCGACUGUGGACAGAAGUGAUUAACACGUCUGAAAAUGUUGAUGCCGAAUGGGUCCAAGACAUUCUGGCCAGAGCUUUUGGAAAUAGAGGAAACGCACGUAGUCGGCAGGGAAAUCUCGAGGAGGCGCUGGUAGACUACAAUCGAUCUAUUCAACUUGCACCGUAUGCAGUCGAUCCUGUCCUUAAUAGGGGAGUGGCACUCGAGAGCUUGGGAAGGUACGAAGAAGCAUCAGCAGAUUACGAAGCUGUCCUGAAAGCCCAACCCGAAGAUCCUGCGGCAUGGAACAAUUUGGGGAACGUCAAGGCAGCUAUGAGUAAAUGGGAUGAUGCCUUACGAAGUUAUCUACGAGCUGUGCAACUUGCUCCCAAAUUUUCCUUUGCUGCUGCUAACUACGCCCUGGCACUUUACCAAGUUGGCAGGGACAAUGAAGCUGUUCGACAAUUUCGCAAUCUUUUGAGAAAAUAUCCUGAGUUCGCGGAUGUAAGAGCAGCACUGGCCGUGUCUUUGUACCAACAAGGUUUAUAUGGUGAAGCAGAAACAAACUGGGGCCGUCUUGAGGAUGGGAGGUACAGAGAUCGCGAUUGGGUAAAGAAUACCCGUCGAUGGCCACCAAGGCUUACAUCUGCUCUGGAAGAUUUUUUGGAUGUGAAACAGAAGACUAUCACUUGAGAGAAAACUGCCUGCACCUGCAAAGAAUUGCUUGUAAAAUAGUUCAUCCUCCAGCAGCCUGGAAUGAAUUUGGGAGUUGUUUUUUUGAUGAACAGCUUACAUCAACGUAGAAAUUACGCCAAAUAUCCUCGGAAACGAAGACAUGAGAGGACAUUUCAAUAGAUGUAGAGAAGAAUUGUAAAUCAUAUAAGGAGACAACUACAUCAAUAGUUAGAGUUGUACACAUGGAGGAUCUAAUUUCUCUACUCUAUCCGGGUUAGUUCAGCUCCUAGAACCGCUGAGCAAGUCAAGAAUUCCAGGGCUGGAGGAAACGACAGCAUGGUCUGCUAGAGUACGGUGGGCCAAUAAUGGUCCUAUUGUCAGCGAGCUCCUUCAGCUUUUCCGGAAAGCAGAACCAACCGCUAUCCUUGAUAUUGUAUUGAAGAAAGAAUAACAGGAAGGCUUAUGACGAUAGAGCUAUAACUACGUUAUAGCAAAUAUCUCUUUCACCAUGAUUAGCCAGAAAACGUGGACUCUGAACGGAAUCAGAUGUACGGGUAGACACUAACGGAAUCAGGCUGAAUUAAUAUCUACUCAUUCCCAUCUCCGGAUCGGGGUACUUGUAUUGUCCAAGCCCCAGAACAUACACCAACACUCGUUACCUUGUGUGGAGGUGCAUGUCACGACAGCCGUAGUCCGGAAGGAGUUGUAGAUUGUUGUACAAUGUCGGAAUAUCUGGUUCAAAACGAAUAUGUCAUAGAAAUAUUCGUAUAUAUUUCAUAGAAAUAUAUAGCAGCGUUGCAAGAUAAUAUUGUGUAGCGUUGUAUCUAAUUUCUAACACUCCCACUUACUGUCAGCAAGCAUUCAAUGUUUGUUUGUUAGAGAUGGUAAUGGACACAUUGCCAUGAAUCUACUUCUCUU